AUGAGUAGAUCAAUGAGAAAAGGAAACACACCUGCACUCAAUAGUUAAAUUAGACCAUUCUCACCUAAUCUUACUUUUAAAACUGAUUCCUUAGAGAAUCAAGUUCUUUAACCUUGUUAAGAAAAAGCUGAAGUCUAAUAUUUGCGUUAUGAGAUCUAAUAAGAAAGAUAAAGAUCUUCCUAAUUAGAAAUGUAGUUGUAAUGUGAAAUCAAUUAAAGAGGUAACCUUUGCUAUUUCAUUAAUAGUAUAAAAUGAAUAAAUAUUUACUAAUGAUAUCAAUUUUUUAAGGUAAUAAAAUGAAGAUUAUAAAUUGAGAAUAUAAGAACUUGAAAUUAAAUUUAGGGAAAAUAGUAUACAAUAUUAGAAUCUUUUGAAAGAAUCAAAUGAAAAAAUUGUAACGAUGAGUAUGGAAAUUGAAAGACUUCAUCAUUUACAACUAAAUAGAUAAAAUGAUAAUGAAUAGGCUCUAAGAUAAAAUGAUUAAAAAUAAUUAGCUCAAGAACUUAUUGCGAUCUAGAAAUUAGUUGAAGAUUUGCGAAAUGAAUUAAUUACUAAAUAAAAAACUAUUUACUAUUUAUAAGAACAAUUAUAAUUGACUUAAUAAACUUAGAGAGAGAAUAUUGGUUCUACAAGUAAACUAAGAGAAUAAGAAAAAAAUAUUGAUUAAUUAGUUAGCUAAAUCAAUGUACUUACAUAAAUUUUAGAGUAUUAAAUAUAAAUAUUAAUUUUUUUAGAGACAAGGAUAAUUCAUUAUAAUAAUAAAGUAAAUAAGUAGAUAAUAUAUAUAAUGAACUACAAUAGAUGACUUAAUUUAAUAGGUAAUUAAAUGAGGAAAAUCGUAAUUAAAAGCAAGCAUUAGAAUAAACUUAUAAAGAAAUUGAAAGAUUAAAUCGAAUAAUCAUGAUGAAAAAUUAAGAAAUAUAAGACUCAUAUCAUAAUGAAAACUUAGAUUGGAGAAGAAAUUUCUAAGAUUUGAAUGAAAAGUAUCACAAAGUUCAAGAAUAAUUAUGUUUCGCAUCGGCUGAACUCGAAGCAUGUCGUGCCACUUAAAGAAUGACUUACUUAUAAUAAGAUAAAUGAGUUCUCAAAUAAAC